UGCAUCCCUCUGUGGCUUUCUCACACAGGGUGGGAUUGCUAGAAAGGGAGGAGUGCAGGGGAAACUGGAAAUUACACCAUCUUUAGUGCCUGACUGGAGUUGUUGUCCUCUCUGGGAUUCCCAUCGAACAGCAUCUUUUCUUGUGAUCAAUACUAAUUGAAGAGACCAUGAGCGGGAACUACAGCGUCACUCUGUUGGGGCCGGCCCCUUGGGGUUUCAGGCUACAUGGAGGGAAGGACUUUAACAUGCCCCUGACCAUCUCCAGGCUGUCGGAUGGUGGGAAAGCAGCUAAAGGUGGUGUUGCAGUCGGAGACACGGUUCUCUCCAUCGACGGUGUUUCCACUGAGGGCAUGAACCACCUUGAGGCCCAAAACAAAAUCAAGAACUGCACCGGGAACCUUAGUCUCACUCUGCAGAAGUCCAGUGUUUCUAAGCCCCCUCCAGUGGCACCAAAGGACAACCGAACAGACCUCAUAAAACCAGUAGCCAUCAGCCAUCCCUCUGUUUCACAACAUCCUCAGUCUCAGUGCUCUGCCCCUCACAACAAGACCCCCAGACCUUAUGGGGGCUGCAGCUCUGAGGGUGUAUACUCUCCUUCACAGUCACCUUUCACCACCUUCAUCCCUUCCCCAUCCUCUGCUUUCACUCCUGCUUCAUCCCACAUUGGUCCUGCCCCUCCUCCUCUUCCUCCAGGUCUCCCUUCUCCUUCUUUGAUCUCUUACCCGUCCUCUGCAUCCUCUUCCUCCUCCCCCCCUGUCCUGGUUGCGCCUCAGCCAUCAGUGUAUAACACACCGAUCAACCUCUACUCAACUGAAAAUGCGUGUGAGGUGGCCAUGGGGCAAAGGCGGGGCCUGUUGGAGAGUCAGGGAGGAGCCUUACCACAGUUUAAUGGUAUUCCCAGGAAACAUGUUGUGGACACAGACAUCCAUUUUUACCAUGUGCCUUCUCACGCUGAUGCCAGCAGAAAGCGCAUAAUGGAGGACACAGAGGACUGGCGUCCACGCACGGGCACCACCCAGUCCCGAUCUUUCAGGAUUCUGGCUCAGAUCACAGGCACGGAGAACGUUCAAAAUGAAGAAGCUGAUGCAUCAAAGAAGACAAUUGAGGAGGAUGAGGAGUCACAGCUUAACUCCCAUGAAUCUGCUGUUGUAAAAACUAUGAUGAAAGGAACUGCUUCAAACCACGGACAAAGAGUACAGAGUGGUUUGAUCACUCCAUCUUUUGGAAUGAAGGGUAAUGGAAGUGCCAGUGUCCUCAGGGGUCCUGUUCCAGCCCGACCAGUGCCUCAACCCCACCCCAAAGAUGAGGACACUCUGGUCCAGAUGGCAGAACACAUUCCUGCUGGGAUGCGAACCCCCAUGUGUGCCCACUGCAACAUGGUGAUCAGAGGACCAUUUUUGGUUGCAAUGGGAAAAUCUUGGCACAAGGAGGAAUUUAACUGUGCCCACUGCCGUACAUCUCUGGCAGACAUAGGCUUUGUGGAAGAAAAAGGCUCUGUGUAUUGUGAACACUGCUAUGAAGAGUUCUUUGCACCAACCUGCAGCCGCUGCCAGGCCAAGAUAUUGGGGGAGGUAAUUAAUGCCCUGAAACAAACAUGGCACAUCUAUUGCUUCAUGUGUGCUGCCUGUCAGCAGCCAAUCAGGAACAACACCUUUCACCUGGAGGAUGGGGAACCUUAUUGUGAGCAAGACUUUUACAGUUUGUUUGGGACUGGUUGCCAUGGCUGCGAUUUCCCUAUUGAGGCUGGAGACAAAUUUCUGGAGGCACUCGGUUACAACUGGCACGACACCUGCUUUGUUUGUGUCGUGUGUUGUGCCUCUCUAGAGGGUCAGACCUUUUUCUCCAAAAAGGACAAACCACUUUGCAAGAAACAUGCUCACACAGUGAAGAUAUGAAGCUUCAGAUGGCUCUCUACCUCUAUUCUCUCUCUUGUCAAAGGAUGCAGAAAUACUGAGGAGACUACAGGGCUUAUAUUUACCAGUGGAUUUUGACUUUGACUAAGUUAAUUGAGGAUGUAACUAAGCAGAUGAGUUUUAUUUUAACUCUUUAACGGAGGUGUGGGAGGACACUGCGGAGUGUCAGAGUUGGAGCUUCUUAAAGAGACAGAGGCCCAAUUUCAAGGCGUCAAAUUGCGAAGUCAAAAUCCUUUCAAGUCAUGUUUGACAUAUACAGCAUUUUUAAAGCAACUGAAGGUAACACAGUUUCUUGAUCAUGCUAUAAAAUGGCACUAUUUGCCUGCAAGUAGAUUAUACCGCCCCAUAAAAUAAGUUCAUUGUACUUAUACACACAAGACGUUGUAGUGAUAGUUAAUCGUUUUUGUAAGACCACAGUUAGUCAUAGUUUCUUACACAAAAAAUUCUAACUUGAUUCAUUACAUAAUCCUGAUUUUAACCUUGAAGCUAAAAGACAUCCCUGGUUUGUCUGCAGACACGGAGUAGAAUCUUCCCCAACAAUUAGAAAUCACUCAUUUUAAUUGUAAGAAAAAAAGUAAAAUAUAUGUUCUUACCCAAGCCAUGAGAAUUUGUUGCAACAGAAUAUUAGCAAUUAGUUUUCAUGAAAGCAUUAAUGUUUGCUAUUUGUAAUGUUAAGAUCUAAUUUUCUUUUCACAGUUGUGCAAAUUUUAAUAAAUUAUCAGUAGCUUACAUUAACCUUUGUAUUCUUUUAGGUUCCUAUAUCCAAAAAUAUUUCAAAAUAGUAUUCAAAAUCUUAGUAUUUGUAUUAAGAUUAACUAAAUGUGGAUGUGUUACUUUAAUAAAAGAUUUUAACUAAGCAUCUAAGAUAAUCAUUGUAUCUUUCUUUUCUAUUGUGUUUUCAUGGUGUUUGCCAAAACUCACUUGAAGUUUCCAAACAGAAAAAAUAUGUAACAGAAUAAGUUUUUAGAAACAUUGUUUAUUCUGGCUGAUUGACAAAAAACUUCCAAAUAAAUAAAUAAAUAUGAACAUCUGACAUAAGUAAAUAAUCUGGCAAGUAAUUAUUUAGUAUUUUUUCUCAUACUCAACAUCAUUGCAAGUGCACCUUAGUGAUGGACAUACAUUCUUUUGAAUUGUGUUUUUAUUAAUGAAAAAUGUUUGUGUUUUUAUUCAUUAUUUUAUAUUUCAACUUCACCCCAUAAAGACAGAUGGUCCAAUAUUUUUUUGAGAUCCAAUUCAUCACAGUGAAUUGUGAUGUUUCAUUGUGUGUGUUUUAUUGUUCUUUUGUUGAAAAGAGGGGAACACUUUUAUUUACUUUGACUAUGUAAUUGUCUGGAUAUUUCUUUUAGAUUUGUACUAAAUUAUAAUGCAAAUAGGUAAAAAGGACAAGAUUUUACAUUGUCGGACCAAGAGGAGACUGGAUUGUGUGUAGAAAGGUAGCAUACAUAUUAUAAAAAUACCGGUGUUAACAAAAGUAUUUACAUGUCAUUUUAUUAUCUCUCAAAAUAUGCUUGAACAUAAGUUAAAUGUGCCUGUGUUGUUUAAUAAAUUGUGAUGUUUAACCCU